CUGACAAGUGGUGGAGCGCUCGCACAGCGCGCGUCUCCGGGCGGGCGGCAGCCGCGGGGCUCGACCCGCACCGCUUUACGCCGCCGAAGUGCGGGGACGGCCGCGGGCUCCGCCUCCGUUUGUUUAUUUAGUCCUCGUCACCCGCCUUUUGGUCGCUCGUUUCGGUCUAGUUCCUCGCUAUUAUUUUUGUUUGUAAAUUAGUCGCCUCCAUGGGGGGCGGAGGAAAGGAAAUAAAAGCUGCCGCAGCCGAAGGGUGCAAAAGCAUGCUGGGCAAGAGCCGCGGAGCCGCAGGACGGGAUGGCUGCGGCGGGGAGCGCUGCCCGCGCCGGGCCGGGCCAUGCUGCUCGGCGCUGCCCGUUCUGCUGUCUGCGCUGGCGGCCGCCUCCUGCGUGUACCUGGGGGUACGGACCAGCGACCUCCAGGCCCGGCUGGCGGCCAUCGAGGGCGCCCGGGGGGGCUCCGCCGCCGCCGCUCCGCUCCCGCCUCUGCCCGGCUUUUCUCUGGAACGGCUCAACGAGAUGAUGCAGGAGAAAGUGGAGCGGCUGCUCGCCCAGAAGUCCUACGAGCACUUGGCAAAAAUCCGAGCGGCGAGAGAAGCGCCCGCAGAGUGCAGCUGCCCGCCAGGUCCUCCAGGGAAAAGAGGUAAGCGGGGCAGAAGAGGAGAGACUGGACCUCCUGGUCAGCCUGGUCCUCAAGGCCCUCCUGGUCCAAAAGGCGAGAAGGGAGAUCAAGGUGAUCAGGGCCCUCGGAUGGUGUUUCCUAAAAUCAAUCAUGGGUUUCUCUCUGCUGAUCAGCAGCUCAUUAAACGCCGCCUCAUUAAGGGGGACCAAGGACAAGCUGGACCCCCUGGCCCUCCGGGGCCACCAGGACCCAGAGGUCCCCCAGGAGAUACUGGGAAAGAUGGUCCUCGAGGGAUGCCUGGCAUUCCGGGUGAGCCAGGAAAGCCAGGUGAACAAGGAUUGGCAGGACCUCAAGGGCCUCCAGGACAAAAGGGUUCUGUUGGAGUGCCUGGUGUUCCUGGGAAAGAUGGACAAAUGGGAGAACCUGGUUUGCCUGGCAUAGCGGGGGAGAAAGGAGCAGCGGGGCUUAAGGGUGACCCUGGAGAAAGAGGAGAAAAGGGUGAUGCUGGAGAAAAUGGACCAAAGGGUGACACAGGAGAAAAGGGUGACCCUGGUUCAUCUGCUGCAGGAAUUAAGGGUGAACCUGGUGAAUCAGGACGGCCCGGACAAAAGGGUGAACCAGGUCUUCCUGGGCUUCCUGGACUCCCUGGGAUAAAGGGUGAACCAGGCUUCAUUGGUCCACAGGGAGAACCCGGGCUGCCAGGGUUACCAGGAACAAAGGGUGACAGAGGAGAGGCAGGCCCUCCUGGGAAGGGUGAGCGAGGUGAAACUGGACUUCCAGGACCAAAGGGGAGAACAGGUGAACCUGGAUCUAGAGGCCCCAAAGGGUCAAAGGGUGAUACAGGUGACAGAGGUGACACGGGAUCUGCAGGUCCACGGGGGCCACCUGGACAGAAGGGUGAUCAAGGUGCUACAGAGAUAAUUGAUUAUAAUGGCAAUAUUCAUGAAGCUCUACAGAGGAUUGCCACCCUCACUGUCACGGGACCACCGGGACCACCGGGACCCCAAGGGCUGCAAGGUCCAAAGGGUGAACCAGGAUCCCCAGGAAUUCCUGGAGUUGAUGGGGAACAGGGUCCUAAAGGACUAAAAGGAGAUAUGGGUGAACCUGGAAUGCAUGGAGAAAAGGGAGGAAUUGGACUACCUGGAUUGCCAGGAGCCAAUGGCAUGAAAGGUGAAAAAGGAGAUGCUGGUUUGCCUGGUGCCCAAGGCCCUUCAAUCAUAGGACCUCCUGGACCUCCAGGGCCACAUGGUCCUCCGGGCCCUAUGGGACCUCAUGGCUUGCCUGGCCCAAAGGGUAUAGAUGGCCCAAUUGGUCCCCAUGGCCCUGCAGGCCCUAAAGGAGACAGAGGUGAAAAGGGAACUGUAGGUGACCCUGGACCCAGAGGACCCUAUGGCUUGCCUGGCAAGGAUGGCGAGCCUGGCCUUGAUGGUUUCCCUGGUCCUCGAGGAGAAAAGGGUGAAAUAGGAGAAAAGGGAGAAAAGGGAUUCCGUGGAAUUAAGGGGGAAAAAGGGGAGCCAGGCCAGCCUGGCCUGGAUGGGCUGGAUGCCCCUUGCCAAUUGGGUCCUGAUGGAUUACCAAUGCCUGGCUGUUGGCAAAAGGUAGGAUGGGUAGAGCUGUUCUCCUCAGGGCAGCAUGUCCUUGGCACACAGAAAAUCCUGUCGCAGUCAUACUGAACCAAACUUCAGAGCCUCUUAGGCAUCUCGACAUAUGCAGAAACACAAAAAUAAGACCUCUCUGUGACCAUAGUUGGUGCGAUGAGGUUGUAAUGUAUAAUAGAAGUAGUAUCUCGUUGAGGCAGUAUUUUAGAAACAGCUGGCAUUUGAUUUCUACAAAGUCUAAAACGUUUUCAUCUGAAGAGUCACACAUCCUUUAGUUUCAGCACAUGGCUGCUGCUUCCAAUUCUUUAUAAAAGCUCAUGCAUAGGAUAUUUUUAUCAAACAUUUACUUUGCUCUAUUACGAUGCUAUUUUUUCAGGGAAAUCUUAUAAGAGCAAUGCAUCCUGCCCUUCUCUGCCUUACCUUUCCAUUGAAUAUAUUUUCCUGUUUGUUAUGUUUUAUACUAACAAUAAUUGUGUGAUUAGUAAUAUUACUUUUAUACUAACGUUAGUGGCAGCAUUUUUUUAGUGCAGCUUUAACUUAGACGGUGCUAGUUUUAAAAACAGCGUAUUCCGAGUAAAGAUGUAGGUGGAGCGAUACGUAAGAAAAAAUGAAAACAAAGCUGAAGUGAAAUUCUGGCUGCAUUUAUCGCUGAGGAGUCUCCAGUGCUACUCUUAAAAUUCUGCCAUUUUCUAUGUAUUUGAAAUAGAAAUCAGAAGUAUUGGUUUACUAACCUGACCAAUCUGUCUCUUU